AUGUUGAUACACGCAUCUGAAGCAGAAACGCUCAACUCGAUCCGCUUGGCCCUCGAACGCGAUGAGCAGCAGAUCCGCGUCAACGACAGCACAGGCGAGGUGUACGACAUCACCAUCUCCAGAUCAGCUCCAUACGCAUCUCCUGUUGUCUCCCGCUCCGUGACUCCCAGCAACGCCAACGAUCCUGCAUUCUCCGGCGCAAAUGGCCUCACCGCAGCCUCGUCCGCAGGCCACCGCAUCCUUCGGCUCCCUCAGCUGGUCAGCAAGAGGGCGCAUGGCAAUCACCAGUCCGUUCAGCAGCCCGCCACCAUUGAACCUACAUCCAACUCCGACAGACCGUUGCCAGAGAUUCACGAGCUCGGCCAGGGCCACACUCAACAACAGAAUGCUGCCAAUCUCACAGGCUCGCGCGCAUCACCCUCGUCACCCGGUCCCAUCGUUCGUCAAGAUGCAGCGCUCAAGUCACAGUCCAGCUUCACCGCCCCAACGCGGCAUCAUCCAUUCCUCAGCGAGCUUCCACCCUCUCCACCUCUCGAGGCCGACUAUAUAUCCGGGCAUGACUCUCGAAACGGUCUCAUGAGCACCGUCGCAAAUGGCUCGUCACAGGCUCCAGCUUAUUCCGCCAACGGAGCGUCCACUUCAUCCGCAUCCAUAGCGUCUGGAUCGAAGCAGGAUGAAACCGUACCCGCUGCCGCGCCGAUCCAAAAGAAGGCUCCUGUCGCCCGUCGAGCCUACACUGCCGACCCGAGUCACAUCCUAGCAGCGACAUCUGCUGCACCACAAAAGCAUGCGGCCGCACCAGCUUUCACGGACGAGCCCGCCUCGAUGGAUGGCAUCGGUACCGUCUCCCUCACGCAACAGCAACAACAAGGCCAGCAACCCAGCUCCGCAGCCUAUCGACCGCCACCGAAGCAGAACGAACGCCGUAAUGCCUCCAACGCCUCGACCGCCAGCACCGCCUACCGCACCGCCUCGUCCACCGGCGGCGCUUCUGAUGUUGAAAAUGACGAUGCUUCCAUGACUCAACGACUCGCUUCGCAGUCGACCAACGGCGCCAAUGGCGUCUCUGCAGCGCCCGCGAUCCGACUUACCCACGAUGCUUCCCCUUAUCUGCACGAUCCGCAGCUAGGAACCGACGCCGGUGCGUCCCAAGCGGCUUUUGGCUCACAAGCCAAUGGCGAUCAGGAAUUGCCGCCCACCGGCAUCCCUCCACGUCAACACAUGGCGCGCCGCAACACCACUGGAUCUUCGCUGCAAGGCCGCCGAUCUCAGUCUGGCGGCAGCCUCACCCAUUCCAUCCGUCGAUCGAGCCGCGAUCGCGACUCCAUUUCGCCAUAUCCAGCUCAGCCCUGGUUGGCCGAUGGACUCAACUCGCCUACCACGGCAGAGGGCUCGACGCACGCCCUGCGCACAGGCGAUGCCGCUUUCGACGAAGAGGCCGCCAAGCACGCCGAGCAGCUGCGCAGGGAUCGUCGCUACAAGGAGCAAAAGGCGCGCGAUGCAGCAGCUGAAGGCUCCGCCGGCGACAAAGAUGCGCCUCCCAACGGUGCUGUCGCCGGCUCCGGCGGUGGAGUCGUUGGCGUGUUGCAACGUACCAGGACCGGUCGCGACUGGCUCAACGCCAACCCCAAGGAUAAGGAGCGCACCGACCGCGAGCGCGAACGCGAGCAAGAGGACGCGGAACCCAAGGUUCUUGUCGGCAACCUCAUCGGAGAAGGCCAUGCCAAUUACGUCCUCAUGUACAACAUGCUCACCGGUAUUCGCAUCGGUGUCUCGAGGUGUCAAGCCAAGAUGAAGCGUCCCCUGUGCGAUGCCGAUUUCACCGCCAAGCACAAGUUCACCUUCGAUAUCAUCGGAAGAGAACUGACACCCACUGCCAAGUACGAUUUUAAGUUCAAAGACUACGCUCCCUGGGUGUUCCGUGAGCUGCGCGAGCACUUUCACCUUGACGCUGCCGAUUACCUUCUGUCGCUCACGUCCAAAUACAUUCUCAGCGAGCUGGGCUCGCCGGGAAAAAGUGGUUCCUUCUUCUACUUUUCGCGCGAUUAUCGCUUCAUCAUCAAGACGAUCCGACACUCGGAGCACAAGUUCCUGUUGCGAAUCCUCAAGGACUAUCACGAGCACGUCAAGGCCAACCCACACACGCUGCUCAGUCGCUUCUAUGGAUUGCAUCGUGUCAAGCUGCCGCAAGGCCGCAAAAUCCAUUUUGUCAUCAUGAACAAUCUCUUCCCGCCGCAUCGCGAUAUUCACGAAACGUACGAUCUCAAAGGAUCGUCGAUCGGACGGGAGUAUCCCGAGGAGAAAGCGGCGACCAAGUCCGGUGCCGUACUCAAGGAUCUCAACUGGCUCAAGCGCGGGCGCGAGAUCGAGCUGGGUCCCGAGAAGCGCGCAUUAUUUGAAGCACAGCUGCGUAGCGAUGUCGGCUUGAUGCAGCGACUCAACAUCAUGGACUAUUCGUUGCUCAUCGGGCUGCACGAUGUACGUCGAGGCAACAAGGACAACCUGCGUCAGGACAACCUGCGCGUCUUCCAGCCAGAGACUAGGGAGAUCAAACGUCAGCCUACGCAGGUGAAGCGGACCGGCGCAGGAUCAGGCAGCGAGCAGGACGCCUCUGCACUGCGACAGGCAGUUCGACGCUCCGAUCCGAAAGCGCUCAAUGCGCAGCAGGUGACCAAGCUUCCCGACCGCGAUGUCAGCGAGCGACGUCAUUUCCUCUUCUACCAGGACGAAGGCGGAUUCCGUUCGACCGACGAGCACGAUCAGCCCGGCAACAUGAUCUACUACCUUGGCGUCAUCGACCUCUUCACGCCGUACACAUCGGUCAAGCGCGGCGAGACCAUCUGGAAGGGUUUGACUCAGAACCGACACAUGAUCAGCUCGGUGCCUCCAAAGGAGUACGGGCAGCGCUUCUUUGACUUCCUGUGUAGCGUCGUAACGGGCGGCGAUAAGAGUCGACGCCCCAAGAUGUGGGGCUUCACGGAGAAAGAUUUGGCCAAGACGAAAGGCAAGGCGCAAUUGCAGGAGGCCCCCCAGACGGAAAAGGGCAAGACUGUUCACAAGCAGCAAUAG